UCCCUGGCGCUCGCCCUGAACGGGCAGCUCUGGGAGGUGUGCGAGCUGUGCUACCUCCUGGCGCUGGCGCGGCAGCACGCCUGGCGGGCCCAGCUGACGUCGGGCGAGCGGGCGGUGCUGCUGGAGCAGGCGCGCCACCUGACGGCGCUCCUGGCGGCGCUGGCUGGGCUGGCGGACGAGAUGGCGGGGGGCGUGCCCGUGGGCGCGGACGCGGCGGCGGCAGAGGUGCUGCGGCGGUGGGCCGCGGCCGAGGCCACGCCCACGGGGGCGCGGGAGUUGCAGCAGGUGGCCCCGGCGCGGGGCCUGCUGCGCUACCCCCCCUCGGCGCUGCCGUUCCCCCUGGCGGCGGAGGCGCUGCGCUGCUGCCCGCCGGCCGCCGCGCCUGGUGGCGACGCGCCUGGGGCUCCGCCCGGCGCCGCCGCUGGGGUUGGCGCGGCCCUCGUGGGCGCCCUGGCGGCGCUGCCUGCUCCAGGCGGGGGGCCGCCCCUUGGCGCGCCGCCGGCGCCCGGGCCCUUCGCGCUGCCAGGGGCGGCUGCUGCCGGCGCUGGAGGUGGCGGCAUGGCGGCCGCUGCGGGGCCGGCGCCCGCCGGAAGCGGCGUGGUUGCGCUGGCGCGGCUGGUGGACGGCCCCUGGGUGGGCUCGCCGGCCCUGCAGCACGGCGCCUUCACGGCUGGGAUGGUGCUGGAGACGCCCACGCACGACCCGACCGGCCAGGUAGACGGCGCGGCGUUCGUCGAGGUCGUGGAGGCGGGGGCGCCGGGCCCAGACGGGGUCUACUUCUCCGUCAACUUCCAGGGCGCCUCGCUGCCGGCCCGCGCCCUGGAGCUGGACCUGAGCUUCCCCGCUCCGGGCGCUGGGCAGCCUGGGGUCCUGCGCCUCUGUGCGGGCGGCGCCGCGGCCUGCAGGGCCUCCCGGCUGGUCGGGCGCGGCGAGCGGCACGCCGACUGGCUGCGCUUGCGGGCCGCGGCUGGGUACGCGGCGGCUGCGGCUGCUGCGGAGGCGGCUGGCCCUGCAGCUCGCCCGCUGGUGCCUCGCCGUCGCCGUCGCGAGCAGUCGCGAAGCGAGAGCGAGGAGCGGGCCGCUGGCGACCAGCUGGAUUCUCGCGACGCCCCCUCCCGCGGCAACGCCGUCCAGGCGGUGGCCGACGGGCGCCCAGGCACGCUGUGCGACGAAGCGAUUGCCCAGAUCGCGCGUGUCAUGGGCCUGCGGGAGGGGGCGGACGGGCAGAGAAUACGCCCUCGCAUCAGGGGCUACCUCCAGGCGGUUGUCCUCGGCCACCACCCGAUCCACUCGGUCUGGGAGCGGACGGUGCGCGAGCUCCAGACGUUGGCCGCAGCGCUGGACCUGCUCGAGGGUGGCUCGCUGGCGUCGGUCGCGGGCACGCUGAUGCAGCGGUUCAAGGCGCUAGAGAUGGCGCUCAACGACGGCAACUGGUACAUCGCCAACGAGCCGGAGGUGGUCGAGGGCAUCCGCCCGACGCUCGCCUCCCGCGACGAGCAGGAGUCGGCGCGGAGGUCGGCGAUGCUGCGGCGGCGGCUGGAGGAGGCUGCCAGCGGCCCGAGGGUCCCGCAGCCGCUCGCGAGGCCUCGAGGACGCCUCGCGGGGGCAGCUCCCACCCUGGGGCCGCGGCGGCGCCGGGCCGCGUGGAGCUGCUGGACGCUCCCGAUGUCCGCGCCUUUCGGCAAGACCAGCCAGCAUCGCAGGUCGGCGGGGGGCUCCCCAGGUGCGGGGCGGGAGCCCGAAGGGCGCGGGCAAGCGCCGCGGGCGUCGGGCGCCGAGAGGGGGGCUGCCGGGCCGCGGGCGGCCGGCGCCCUGGAAGGGCCGCGGCAGGGGCCGCUAGCACUGGAGGCGCGGACGCGCUCUGCUGAUGAUGCACGUGGGGAGGCGGACCCUCUGGGCCCAGCUGGAGCUCGUGCUGACUGCGUGGGCGACCCGGGGCCGCCAGCUGAUUCGCUAGCAGCAGGCCGGGAGGCGGCGCGCGCGGAAGCGGCUUGGCCAGACGCGGACGCCCCCCUGGAGUUCUUCCGCGCGUGGCAGGAGAAGGCUGGGGCUGUUGCCGAGUCUUUCCGCCGCCCGCUGGAUGCGGGCCCGAUCCUCGAGGAGCUGACGCUGGGUUUCCCGGGUGCGCUUGGGGUCUACGUGGACAAGUUCAUGCACAGCGGGCAUCGGCCAACUAGACGGGGGCGGCUGCAGCGUGAUCUGCUCCCGCUACCCUGUCCCGAUCUAGAAGCUUCGGACUUCGCCGUGGAGGGGGAGAUUGACCCGGGCGACCUGACCUCGCUGCAGUCUCGCUUGAGGGUGAUCGUGAUGGCGAUGAACUGGGGGGCCGGCUACCGCCACCUGAAGUGGGCCGACGUCUGCGGGCCGGAGCCGAAUGCGGCCCAGCGCUCGGCUCUCCUCGGGAUCGCGCGGCGCAUCUACUCGAGCGUCGCGCCAGAGCCCGUCAUGGCAGGGGCCCUCGGCUGGUCCGAGAAGCUGAAGGACCGGGCCAUCGCCUACGACGGCUCGGAGGUCUCCACACCGAGCAGGAUUGCGCUCGAGCAGAUCGAGGGCGGCCUGCCGCCUGUGGGGGUGGCCGCCUCCAUCGAGGCCGCGGAUCUCGCCGCGGGCUUCGUGCGGGCGGCGCUGCUGGACCCCUCCCUGGUCCUCCUACCGCCGGCGCAGAGGCGCCCCGCGCCGACCUCGACGCGCGUCUGGGCGACGUCGCAGGAGUGGGAGCUGGUGGUGAGCGCCCUGUUUGCUCGCGGGAUGGUCGGCCCCGUCGACGAGGCCGAGAUCGCGACCAGAGACGGGGCCCCCCUGAUCAACGGGGCCUUCGGCGUGGCGAAGGUGCACGACGCGCCGGUCAGCUGCGGCGACGGCGAGGAGCGGCCUGUCCUGCGGCUCAUCGUCAACCUGAUCCCCGCGAACGCGUGCCAGCGCACCGUCGCGGGGGACACCCCCGUCAUGCCGACGAUGGGGCAGCUGAACGGGCUAGUGCGGGCGCCGGGGGGGCAGCUGCUCUGGGGCGGGGCGCACCGCAAGGCGUUCUUUUAUGUCUUCCGGGCGCCCCCCGCCUGGCGGCCCUACAUGGCGCUGGGGCCUCCAGUGCCGCGGCGACUGGUGGGCGGCAGCGGCGACGGGCUGACUCGCAUCGCGCUGAGGGUCAUCAGCAUGGGCUGGAUCAGCGCGGUCGGGGUGACGACGUACCUCCACCGCAACAUGCUGAGGCGGUCGGCUUCGGCCCCCCGCGGGCUGCCGCCUGCGGCCGAGGUGGCGCGCGCCCGCCGCCUGCCCGCGGAGGCCCAGGCAAGCGGAGUCGCGAUGUGGUUCGUCUACGUCGACAACCUCGAGAUCGCGGAGCCGCGAAGUGUCUCCACUUUGGGGGGCCUCGUGGAUGGCGAGGCUGGGGUGCGCCGGCCGCCGCUGGGAUACCUCGCGGAGCUCGCGAGCCUGACGCUGUGUUUCCUGGCGAAGAGGCGCCCGAGCAGGCGGCUGGCGCAGAUCUUGCUGGGGCGCUGGGUCCGCGUGCAGUGCUACCGGAGGCCGCUCGCCGCCGCCUUCGUGAACGCCUGGAAGUGGCUGGCGUCGGGCCGCUCGGGCGGGCUCAUCACCCUGGGCGUCGCCGAGGACCUGCUGAUCGCAGCCGCGCUUGCGCCGCUCAGCGUGGCGGACAUGCGGCUGGCCGUCGACCACCUCGUGGCGGCGUCCGACGCUUCGGAGGCCGCGGGUGCGAUCGUCUACUCCCAGGGGCUGUCGGACAUGGGCCGCGCCCUUGGCGCCAGGGGCCCGCGGGCCCUCAACCCGGCCUGCGAGGAGGCCGUCGCGCUGAUCUCUGUCUUCUCGGGGAUCGACGGGGCGCGCCGGGCCUUCGAGAUCCUGGGGCUCGCCCAGGCGGCGCACCUCUCGUUCGAGGUGGGCGCCGAGGCCGUGCGCGUGGCUCGGCGGGCGUUCCCCAGCACCGUGCACCUGGGGGACGUCGCGGCUGCGGAUCCGGUGAUUGUGAUCGGGAGGUUCCCCUGCCAGGGCUAUGCGGUCUUGAACGUUGCCCGCGAGGGGAGCGCGGACCCGAGGUCGCAGCUGGUGGGCCACAUGUGGAGGCUCAUCGAGGGGCUGAAGCGCGAGCUGCCCGAGGCCACGGUGGACUUCCUCGGGGAGAACGCGGCGUCCAUGGCGGAGGACGAGGUCCUGGCCUUGAACAAGAUGUUCGGCCGAGUGCCGGUGUCCCUCGACGCCGCGGACCUGGGCUGGGUCCGCCGCCCGCGGCUGUACUGGCUGUCGUGGGACCUGCUGCGCUCCUUCGAGAUGACGGCCGAGAUGAAGGCGGCUGCGGCUGGUGACGGAGCUGCCGCCCGUCUCGGAUGCACGCCGAAGGAGGUGGCGCGCUGGACGGCAGCGGGCUACGCAGCCCCGCCCUAUCAGUUUCGGGAUUGCUUCUGCCUGCAUUGGGCGGAUGGGCGGAAGGAGCCGCCGCGGGCAGUGGAGCGCGAGGUGCUGAUGGGCUUCAGGCGAGGCCACACUCUGCCCUGCGUGAGCAGCUCAGCUGCCAAGAGCCACCCCGAGCGCUACGAGGCCCUUCGGCGGUCGCUCGUGGGGAACUCGUUCCAGUGCGAGGUCGUGGCCUGGUUGCUGAGCCACUGGGCGGUGCACCACUCGCUGCUGGUGGCGGUGCCGUCCCUGCGGAGCCUCCGCGAGAGCUCGAGGAGUUGGUCGAUGGGCCGCAAGCUCUGGGCCGGCGACGUGGAGGCGCUGCGGUGCGGGCGCGAGGCCGUGUGCGAGGAUAACCUGCGCCUGCUGGAGGAAGCCGGGCGCGCGCCCGCGGCGGGCGCUGGGCCGGAGGCGCGCGCCAUUUACGUCGGCCGCGGCUCGCGCCGCUGGGGGCUCGGCCCCUCCAAGUGGGGGAACCCGUGCCCCGUGGUGCCGGGGCGGCCGGCCGGCGACGCCGUGGCGCUGUUCGCGGGCUGGCUGCGCUCCCAGCCCGAGCUCCUGGACCAGCCUGGGCGAACUGGAGGGAGCUCGGCUGCUCUGCCGCUGUCCCUCGGGGCAGCCCUGCCACGCGGACGUCCUGCUGGCGGAGCUGGAGCAGCGCGGCAGGGGCACCAGAGGGUGGUGGCCUCGCUGGUGAUUACGUGCCACCACUCGGGCGCUGACCUUCGGGUGGACACGGACGCAGAGACGUAUGGCAAGAUGUUCCCGCGGCAAGAGAUUGAUGCUGGCAUUUGGAAGUGGAAGGUCGCUCGCCAGCUCGUUUGGCAAGACCAGGCCAAGCACAUCAACGUGUUGGAGUGCGAGGCGGCGCUGAUGGCCCUGCGUUGGCGGGCCCGGUCGGCCUCGCGACAGAUGUGCGUCUUCCUGCACCUGCUCGACGCCGUGGUGAAUAUCGGUGCCCUUGCCAAGCGCCGGUCUUCGAGCCAGCAGCUCAACAAGGUAGUGCGCGCCUUCUCCAUCCUGGAGCUGGCGCUCGGGUCGCGGGCGGUCUUUGCCUUCACCUCAUCGGCAAAGAACCCUGUGGAUGCGCCGUCCCGCUUGCCCAAUGGGUAG